UAAAGGCAAAACAUUUCAGAAUUUCGAAAAAAAUGACAAACAUUUGAUAAGAUUUAAAUAAAAAAUUUUACGAAUUAAAUAAUUAGUUCACGCAAGAGCAGUGAUUGGAAAUUAUUAAGUAAAUUAUUAUUUUCCAACAAACUAUUACAAUUUGGCCGUACGUGUCUAAGAUAAAAUAUUCCAAACAGGGUAACCUUUUUUUAAUGAUUUGCUGUAACAACAUCUGUUCAAUCUAAUAAACUUAAUCGGACCUAUUUCUUCAAUAUAAAAAAUCCAACAGAUAUAUUAGUUCUAUAACCCAUUUGUCAAAUCUCAUUUGUAGCUAACAAACAGAGGGUCAACUUUGUCCAUGCCAUUAACACGCAGAGUGAUGUGUCAUUUAAUUAAGCUAAUGACAACGAUUGCUCAUUAAACUGUCACGUGACGUGAGCAGUGCAAUCUGCUGCCUCGCUUCUGUCUCUUCAGCAGGACAUGUAACGCGUUUAGUUAAGCUAAUUUGCAAGUCGUGAGAAUGCCCAAAGCUGCAGCGGACAGUGUCAACUGCAGCUGGCCAAAAUCCCAAUUUGAGAUGGGUAUAAAUAUACAGCGCUGGCAUUACAUAGAGCUAAUCGAGUUCAGAAUGUCGACGCGAGCCAGCGAUAAUUUCAAUGAAAUAAUGCGCUUUGUGCGCUUCAUAACGAGCUGCGUCGGGUUCGAUGUCUACGAUCCGAACUUUCACUUCAGUGCCGUUACCAUCACCGUAGUAGCGCUGAUUAGUAUGUACUUCAUCUUCACAAUUUUAACGAUAGCCAAGGAGUUCCACGGCAACUGGAUGUUCAUGAUACAGGCCAGUGCCAUGAGCGGCAGCGUCGUGCAGGCCUGCGCCAAGAUAUACAUGGGAGUUUCCUCGGUAGAAACGGUGUCCAAGCUCUACGUACAGCUGAAUCAGAACUACACUCACUUCGAAAAGGAAGAGGAUGCCAGAUACUCCAUGGCGCUCUUGCGCAGUUGCCAUAAGCUGCGGCGCUUUCUAGUUCUGGUCGGCAUCAGUUACAUGGUUGGCGCCUUGGGCAUGAUCAUUGUAGCAGUGCUGGCUUCAAUCCUAACGGGCAAACUAUAUCUAAUCAUGCACUUUCAUCUGCCUGGGAUAGACGUGAACACCGAAUGGGGUGCCUGGGCCACGCAGGCCCUGCACUGCGUAUGCAUUAUCCUCGGCGGACUCGGUCUCUAUACGGGCGACAUGAUUAUCAUAGUAUACUUAAUGCAAUCCUUUGUCUACGCCGACAUCCUACAACUCAAGGUCGACCACCUCAACGCGCUUAGCGAAAAUCAGGACAGUACUGAAAAACAACUUGAGGCCUCAGCGCAGCUGAUCAACAUUGCCAAGUGGCAUCAGACCUAUACAAGGUUCAUCGACCAAUGCAAUGACAUGUUCUCUGUUUUGGUAUCUGUUCAGGUGACAACCUCUGCCGUAUGCAUUGUCAUCACAAUCUUCUCGCUGCUUACCAGCGACUGGAUCGGAGGAUAUUGCUAUUUCUGUGUCCUCGUGCCCAAUAUGUAUCUCUACUGCAUACUAGGCACAAUACUGGAGAACUGUAGUGAAAAAUUCAUGUACGAGAUGUACAACAUCUCGUUCUACAAUCUCAAUCCGAGUCAACAACGAUUUGUCCUCUUCAUGCUGGCCAAGAGCCAGCAGCCAGGUGCAAUCCUGCUGCUCGGAGUGAUGCCAUUGUCGGUCAGCAGUGCUCUGCAGGUAACUAAAAGUAUCUAUAGCAUUACCAUGAUGAUGGCUAGAUUUUUACAAAAGUAAUCAACACUUGAUGUGCAUCUGAUGAACAUUUGCUGCUUACACAUAAAUCUGAUAUUACAGUCGGUGUUCAGCCAACUCGCAGCAGGUAGUUAUAGCCGCCAUUUGGCUGGCAGCACCAAACGAUUUAUGAAUUAAUUAAAUGUUUAC